GCCAGCAGAACACGAAUACCUUUAGAGCUUUGACACGAUUUACAAUUGGGCUUUUUGAGAAGUUAUUUUAUUCUAUCACCUACUUGGAUUUACCUCACAAUUAAGCACUGAACUAAUGGGAACAAAGAUGCUUCGUGCGUAAAAGACCUCUUGGAGACGGAGUGAAGCUCGUCUCAUGACUGUAACCACCCGGGCGAAUCAAGGUCUGUGGGAAACCAUUUGUGUACUGCCUGCACGGAGUUAUUCAAUGCACAAAGGCAUCGUAUAGAAGUAUUUCUGGAGCUGUGCAUUAAUAAGUCUCACGUACGCUAUGCUCGCCCGGCGCGCGGUAAACAUGGAGUCCCUUUCUCAGCACCAACGGCUUGCGCCAAAAGCUACUGGACCGAUAAGUUUCAUCUCAAAGAAAGUGCAUCCAGGUGUGGUUCUGUUUCGGUUCUACGCUGGAGAAGCAUAACAGAUCCUUCGCACUCAUGGCAAUGUUUAGCAGCAGUGAAUGGCUGUGGAAUGACUCAGAACAUUCUCUCACCCCUGGGGGAAACUACAGCCUGAUAUCAGGAAUUGAAGAAGUGAAGAGGAAUUACUAUGCCAUGCUCUAUUCCAUACUCAUCCUGGCAAUUGUGUUUGGGAAUGUUCUGGUGUGUAUUGCUGUGCUUCGAGAGAAAGCUCUCCAGACCACCACCAACUACCUGGUGGUCAGUUUGGCCGUAGCUGAUCUCUUGGUGGCCUUACUGGUCAUGCCCUGGGCGGUCUAUCUGGAAGUGGUCGGCGGAGCUUGGCUCUUCAGUCGCAUGUAUUGCAAUGUCUUUGUGACUUUGGAUGUGAUGAUGUGCACUGCAAGCAUACUCAACCUGUGUGCCAUCAGCAUCGACAGGUAUAUGGCUGUGGUGAUGCCAGUGCUAUACAACACCACCCACAGCUCCCGCAAGAGGGUUUCAGUCAUGAUUGCCACAGUUUGGGUCCUCGCCUUUGCAGUCUCCUGCCCCCUACUGUUUGGAUUCAACACUACAGAUGAUCCGGCAGUGUGCUCAAUUUCAAAUCCUGAUUUUGUUAUCUAUUCCUCUGUGGUGUCGUUUUACUUGCCAUUCAUGGUGACCCUUCUGGUCUAUGUGCGCAUCUACAUCUUUCUCAGAAGGAGGCAAAAGAGAAUCACCUUCCGUCAAGGCAGUGGUAAAGUUCAGCCAGCAUCUGCACCACUAUCUGCGGAGACGUGUUUACAAGACGAUGCUCACAAAGAGAAAAGAGACCUUUCCCCCAUCAGGAUCAAUGUGAUAAAUGAAACCAAGGAGCAGGUGAUCCGUCCGCGGCUCCUCGCCAGCUGCCCAUGGCGUAAGCGGCCUCAAACCGCCCCUGCUGAGAACUCGCUGCUGCCUCCUGUGAUCAUGCUGAACUACUGCAGCAUCAGCCAGGCGUCCUUUGCUCACACUGAGCAAAAUGCAAACGGUGAGGAAGAGGAGGGUGGGGACAAGGAGCAGGAGACAGUUAGGAGCUGUGAGGUGAAGAAGUUGAGAAACGGACACACACACACCUCCCUGCAUCCACCUCGGCCCGCUCGCGUCAUGGUGUGUCCCAGUCAGGUCCGCUGUAGAAGUAUGCACUCCAAGGAAAAGAAAGCCACACAGAUGUUGGCCAUCGUUCUGGGGGUUUUUCUAAUUUGCUGGCUGCCCUUCUUUGUGACCCACAUCCUAAACACUCACUGCAGAGCUUGUCACAUUCCUCCUGAGGUCUAUAGCGCCUUCACUUGGCUCGGCUAUGUCAACAGCGCUCUCAAUCCAGUCAUCUAUACCACGUUUAACACUGAGUUCCGCAGAGCCUUUAUUAAAAUCCUGAGCUGCUAAACCAUUGGCAGUGCUCCCAUAUAAUAAUCAAUGCAGCUUCCAGACAUUAUGGAUUCCUUUUUGGGAUGCAAAGUGCCAUAUUGCCAAACUUAAAAACUUGAAUAUGCAGAGGAUAUUAAAGGCCUUGAACAGU